AUGACAUGGGCCCCGGUCCUAAUGGUUCCAUCACGUGAUUGGGCAUCGCAACCUCCUGGACCACCAAAAGCCUUUCAAACCAUCUUCUCUCGCACUUUCCGAAGAGCAGCGCCGCAAAAGCAACUCCUAGCCGAGCUAUACCAAGAGCUAUGGGACAAGCCAAAAGCAGGGUCGGCAUACGAAGCAGCGGCGCAAUGGUGCAAAGACGACAACGCUUCCGCGCUCGACAACAAGCUCAAUCUAAAGGCGGGCGACCUCGCUGCGUUGGACAAUGGCUACCUGGGCGCUUUCAGGCAGGCAGUAACGAACAACCUCAUGCAGUCCUCUAUCAAUGACUAG